AUGUCCUGCCAGCAGAGCCAGCAGUGCGUCCCCAAGUGCCCUCCCAAGUGCCCUCCCAAUGUCAGCUCUGGGGGCUGCUGUGGCUCUGGGGGUGGGGGCUGCUGUAGCUCUGGGGGUGGUGGCUGCUGCAGCUCAGGGGGUGGUGGCUGCUGCCUGAGUCACCACAGGCCCCGCAGGUCUCUCCGCCUCAGACACAGAAGCUCUGGCUGCUGCAGCUCAGGGGGCUCCAGCUGCUGUGGAGGGAGCUCUGGAGGGGGCUCUAG